GUUGUUGCGCUGCAUUAGACAGCCGUUGUCAGGACCCAAAGCCAAAUCAGACAGUGAAGGCGUGCUGAGCAACAACAUUUCUUUCACCCUUUACGGAGCAUCCGCACAAGUUAAUUUAAUAAUGAUCAAUGUGUUACUCAAAAGCAAGGUUUACUGAGCUUAUAUCGACGCGAUUUGUGUAAUAUGGCUACUACUGAGAAUGCAGAGUCGGGGUCACCAGAAAAUAGAGUGGAUCGGGCCGACCCAGAUGCAAAGUACCCACUGAAAGUUCUCUAUUGUGGAGUGUGUUCUCUGCCAGUAGAGUACUGCGAGUACAUGCCUGAGCCGGCUAAAUGCAAACAGUGGCUUGAGAAGAACUUUCCUGAUGUGUUUGCUAAACUGACUCUGGCACCCAAGAAGGAAACAACAGGAGGAGGAGGAGGAGGAGGAGGAGGAGAGGCACCCGCUGUGGGAGAGGAAGAGGAGAAGAAGAAACAGAAGAGAGGUUAAACAUUAUUCUUUUACAUUUAACAUCUAUAAAUGAAAAUGAUUUGGAUUGGUG